UGCGGCUGCGGCCCGGAGCCGAACGGCGGCGGACCCAGACCGGCCCCGGUGGAGGCUCCGGUCCCGACCCCGCUCGGCCCCGCCAUGGCCCGGGACCCGGCCUUCGUGCUGCGCUACCUGGCCGAGGUGGAGGAGCUGGCUGAGGACGUGCUGGCGGCACGGCAGCAGAUCGUGGACCUUGACGUGAAGCGGAACCGCAACCGCGAGGCCCUGCGGGCGCUGCAUAAGGACCCGGAGCCCGAUGAGAAGGCCAUGGUUUGUUUCGGGAACAUGUUCAUCGAGCUGCCGAAGGCAAAGACCCGGGAGAUCCUGCGGCAGGACCAGGAAGAGCUGGAUGAGGAGAUAAACAACCUCCGGAAAGAACUCCGGGUGAAGGUCAACCAGCUCUAUGAAGCUCAAGGCAAACCUGAGCUGAAGGGGUUUAACCUGAAUCCUAUGUCUGCCGAGGAAAUGAAACUCAUCAACCGCAUCCUGGAGGGCUGAGGUGGCCAUGCCAUUGUCACAGCGUGUUUGGCUGUCACUGUGGGUUCAUGUUUCCAUAGCCACAGUCCUCGGGAUUUGCAGGGCACUGCUGUGUCCAGAGCCCACGUAGGUGAGGGCCCUGGGAAUCAUUUGGCUGCUCAGCUACAACACUGCAGUUUGUUUGGAUCACAAACCCCUUUUCCUUGCUGGAACUCGGGUGGCAGAGCCGUGCUGAAUGCAGCACUGGGCAAAGGCCCACGGCUGGGGUGGAGGUGGGAUCAUUAAAAUCAGAGCAGUGGGACAUU